AUGGAUCGGGUCACACCUGAGAUGCAACGGAGCCAGGAGAAGGAGCCCAAGAAGGCGAUUCUUGAGAUUCACACAUCGUGUCUUAGUGUUUGGAGAUCUGCUGCGUUCCAGGCAGCCAAGGCGCCCAAGGCCAAAGCCAAGCGCGCAGCGCCCGAGGGCGCAGCGUCAGUGGCCAAGAUGCCCAAGGUGGCGGUAGAUCCCAGCAAGGCACUUGAGGAGUUGCUGGCCGGCCUCCAAGAGCCUGGCUGGAAGGAGGCUUUGGCUGCGGAGUUUGACAAGAAGUACUUUGCGGAUAUCGCCCACUUUGUACAAGAGGAACGUGCUGCACUGACGGUUCAUCCUCCAGUGGACAAGGUCUUCUCUGCCUUCAAUGAGACCCCGUUUGAACAAGUGCGAGUGGUCAUCCUAGGCCAAGACCCCUACCACGAGCCUGGGCAAGCCCAUGGCAUGUGCUUCAGUGUUCCACCCGGCAUUGAGCCCCCAGCGAGCUUGAAGAACAUCUACAAGGAGCUGGAGACUGAUAUUCCUGGGUUCCAGAUCCCAGAGCACGGUUUCCUGCUGCGUUGGGCGCAGCAAGGGGUCCUCCUCUUGAACGCCACGCUGACGGUCCGUGAAGGGCACAAAGAGGCCAACUCUCACGCCAAGUGCGGCUGGCAAACCUUCACAGACGAGGUGAUCAGAGCGUUGAAUGAGAAACGGGAAGGCCAGUAUCGAGGGUGCAGCAUGUCGUGA